CAUGUGGCAAAGCACAGACUUCCUGUUUCACCCACUGGCAUCUCCCUGCUAUUCUCUCCGUCUUCCAGGAGUGAUCCCUGGCCGCCAGACCCAGGAAAGGGGCAGGAGCAGGUGGCAGACACAGCAUCCAGGAUGUUCACCAUGACCAGGGCCUUAGAAGACACUCUUCUCCAGCAGUUCAUAUACCAGAAGCUGGAGAUUGCCUAUGCCAUAUACAAGCCAUUUCCCUUCCUCGAAGGCCUCCGAGACAACUUCUUCAUCACUGAGACAAUGUACAGGGAAUCCAUGGAGGCCUGUAGAAAUCAGGUCCCCAUCCCCAGAGUGGUGUACAACGUCCUCACCCACCUGGAAAAGAACUUCAGUGUCUCAUUUCUGGAGAUGUUGUUCAGCCGAAUUAACCUGCAUGAAUACCCGCACCUGAUGACAAUUCUCAAGGGCUUCAGAAGUGUUGUCAAUUGCUGCGGAGGAUGGAGCAGAGCUGUGCCGACUCUCCUCGAAGCCCCAGCCAACCCAGCAGAAGGGUGUUCCCUCCAGACGCUGCUGCCGCUGCCCCCACCCCAGAGCCACCCACCCCAUGCACCCAGUAUCAUGGAGCCCAGCACAUCCACACAGCACAGUGCUGAGAUCGUGGGAGAACCAUCCAGCCCUUCUGACCCUGCCGUGACUCUCCCCAGAGCCACCCAGGAAGAAAGCAUCACUCCAGACAACUUAACAUCCCAAAUAAACGAUGACGAAGACUCACAAGGGACGCCCGGCACGCCCUCCGACACCGUGCGAGUGAUGAGCGAUGACUCUCCUAAACCAAGUGGCCCCAGGGAGCUCCAGGAGGCGCCCAGCACUCCUCUCAGAAAGAAAGGAAAGAAAAGAAAAAGAAGUAUCUGGUCAACUCCAAAAAAGAGACACCAGAAAAAAAGGCUCCCAAAAGGGAGAACCUCACCUCAGCACAAAAGCCAAGAGAAGCUCCAAGGGGUGGAUCAGGCACCUCAAAGGAAGGACGAUUCACCUAGGAAGUCAAAUGUCAUGACAAGGGCCCAAAAGGCAAAGGCUGAAUGUGCCCAAACCGCUGGACCAGAGGAAAUCAGUGAAGACUUUUCAGAAAUGAAUGAAGAAAAGAGCCCCCAGGAGCCACCCAGCACACUCCCAAGAAUCCUGCAUGAUCCAACAAAUAAUGGAAAUAAACCAUCUUCGGGAAAAUCUCCUGGGGAAAAGCGAAAGAGGAUAGAACAAUAUAACCUGCCAUCUUCAAAAAGAAGACAGGAAAAAAAGCUCCCAAGAACCUUACCUGGACACAGCAUCCAAGAGAAGCUCCGUGUGGUGGAUCAGGCACCUGAAAGGAAGGAUGAUUCAACCGGGCACUCAAAGAUCAUGACAAGGGCCCAAAAGGCAAGGAUUGAAUGUGUCCCAACCUCUGAAUUAAAGGAAAAGAAAAGGGAAAAAGGUGUCAGUUCAAGUUCAACAAGAAGGUGUCAGAAAAAUAUUCCCAGAAAGCAAAAGCCCAAAGAUGAAACUAUGGAUUUUCUCUCUCCUGAACUUCCUGUGACCUGUGGUGAAGCCAAAGGGAUUUUAUAUAAGGAGAAAUUGAAACAAGGAUCCUCAGAGAAGUGCAUUCGGAAUGAGGAGGGGGUUUGGUUCACACCAAAAGAAUUUGAAAUCGAAGGAAAACGGACAAAAACAAGGAAAUGGAAGCAGACUGUGCUUUGCAGAGGAAAGACCUUAGAAGAGUUGCUGAAGAAAGGACUUUUGCUCUGUCCUCCAAGAAUAAGUGUCAAGAGAGAGGUAAAGAGCAGGAGCCCGUGGAGUUGCACCUUCUGCCGGAUAAAGGAGUCUUUGGGAAGGCAGCAGCGUCACAGGGAAUCUGAGGUCCUGCAGAGGCAGAUGCAGCCUGAGGAGCGGGUGAAAUGUGAGUUCCUCCUCUUGAAGGCCUACUGUCAUCCACAAAGCUCCUUUUUUGCCGAAACCCCACGAAAUAUUCGAGAUUAUGGAGAGCCCUUUAAGGAAGCCAUGUGGUUGGACCUGAUUAAGGAAAGGUUGACUGAGAAAGUGUAUACAGUGGCAUGGUUUGUUCGUGACAUGCACCUGAUCUUUCACAACCAUAAAACAUUUUACAAGGCCUCGGUCUUUGGUCAGAUAGGAUUGGACUUGGAGGAAGAACUUGAAAAGGACCUCAAAGAGGUGUUUAUUUUUUGCAAAGUCAAUGAGAGCAGCUUCCAGACUCUUUGACCCUGUUCUAGAAAGACUAAGGCUCCCAACUUCAGGAUCCAGAUGACAUGACCCCGGCCGUCUUUCGACUGCCAGUGAGUCCGGGAUGCUAUUGGCUGCCCUCUUGACUCAAAGCCAGAACCUUCAUACCAUCAUCAUGCCUUCUUUUUGUUUGUUUCUACACCUAAAAGUGUGUGUGUGUGUGUGUGUGUGUGUGUAAAAUAUACCUCUAAUCCCAGCCAACACCGCAGGCCUCUUCUUUGUCAAUAUUUCCACCUCUCUUCUCCCACAGUCAGUUAUCUAUUCUCAUUUGCUCAACUAAACUAUAAGGGUAACAGCUUCAGAAUUUCUACAGUCCUACCUCUAUGAAAAACAAACUCAGUUGAAUCCUGAAUUGUGUGGAAAUUAUUUUGUUUCUGUUUUAUAUAUAUAUUCUGUUAUAUUUUGUUUCUGUUAUAUAUACUCUGUUGUAUAUAUAUGUGUGUGUGUAUGUAUAUUUCACAUAUCAUUGCAGAGUAUUUUUCAGAAUUUUGCACUGUAUUUAUGAAUGAGUUUGGUCCGUAAGCUUCUGUGUCCUGUCAAAAUCAGACGUAGGCUAUCCCAGCUUGGCACAAGAAUGCCUAAAACUUUCUACCUUUUAUAUGCUCUGGAAUAGUUUAUAAUGUUUUAAAUGAACCAACUCAUAAAGUUAUAUAGCCUACCGUUCUUUGAAGAGGUAAUACUGACCAGGUUCCCUGCCUUUUAAGGGUCAUUAAACUAUUCAGAUGUUCUCUUUUUUUUUGAGUCAGUGCCACUUUUAUAGUUUUCUAAGAAGUCAUUCAUUGCAUGUGUCAUUUAUACUUGGCCAUAUUUCUGCCAUAUUAUUUUAUUCCUUCUCUUUGGAAUACUUCCAUGGGAUUUUUGUCUACAUUUUCUUUGUUUUCACGUUCUAUUCUGGAAGGCAUUUGUAACAGGUUUUAAUUCUAAUAUUUACCUGCAAGUUCUCCAACUGUGCUUUUAACUUAUUUUUUAAAUGUCAGAGUCAGGGGCACCUAGGUGGCUCAGUCUGUUGAGUGUCUGGCUCUUGAUUUCAGCUCAGGUCAUGAUCUCAGGGUCCUGAGAUCGAGCCCCCUGUCCCUUCUGGGGUCAGGCUCUAAGCUCAGCAGGGAGUCGGCUUGAGAUUCUCCCUCCUUCUCCUCCUCUCCCCCUGCUCAUGCUCUCUCUCUGUCAAACACUCAAAUGAAUAAAUAAAUAUUUAAAAAAAUAAAUAAAAUAAAAUGAAUAAAUGUCAGAGCCAAAAAUAAAAGAUCUUCAUUGAGCCACAUAUUUAAGCCAAGGUGUUUGUCACUUUUUAUGUCCCUCAGCUUCCUAACUCAAAUGGGGAGGAAUUCACUAUUUUAUAAUAUGGCUAUUUAUUGUCAUUAUUAAAUGCUUACUUUUACUUUGUAUUAUUUUAAUUUUAUUCAAUCAUAUUAUAUAAGUCAUUAUUUUGUUAUUUUGAUAUUAUAUAAAUGAUUUGUUACUCCAAAUAUCUACCAAAUGGAAAAGCAAAAGUUGCAACUACCAUAACCCAUCUUCAUGACAACAUUAAUGCUGUGAAUUAAUGUUGCUGGUCUUUUCUUGCAGUGACUUCUCCUUGCUUCUUUUUUUGCUCCUUCUUUCAGUCAGUGUAUGUGUAGGUAAUUUUCUGAGCCUUUGCACAGCUCUGAAUGUCUUCUCUGCUUUCAUGAAUUCACUGUUGGGCUACAAUAUGUAUUUUAUCACAACUUCUCACCUUCAAAAUCGACUGAGAUGUUGGUCCGCCGUGUUUGGGCAUUUUGGUCCUACACCUGUGAAGUCUGCAUUCAGCCAGAAUUCUGUUUCUUUGUUAGUGUGCGGACACAUAGCAGGUUUCCUCGCUCUCCCUACAGUUAUGUAUUUUUGACGGGACAGGAUUCAAUGUAAUAUUCUUACCAUUGAUCUUACCUGGCACUCUGCCCUCUCAAUACACAUAGCCAGUUCUUUUUUCAGCAGCUGCAUUAAAUCUUUCUGAUCCUUUUGUUCUGGGCUUUCUUUCAAGAACAUCUAUUAUCCAUAAGUUGGCUAUCCGUUCUCUGGCCUCCCUAUUUAUCAUUUUAAAAAAAGAAAAAAUUAGUUCUGGGAAGCACUCCUCUUCUGAGGUCAUUAGUCUAAGACCUAAAUAUACUAACUCAAAACAAUUGCAAUUCUAUGGUCAAUAUUUUUUAACGAAUUUUUUUAAAUCAUUUUAAUAAUGCUAAUGGCUCUCUAUUAACCAAGCAAACUUUUCUUACCACAGUACUUUUCUUUUCUCCAGACAAAAAUAAAAAGUUACUGCCACUA